GUGGGGCGGCGGCGGGCGACGCUCUUUCCGCCCGGGGCCGGCGAGCAGGCAGCAUGGGGAAGUGCAGAGGGCUCCGCACGGCCAGGAAGCUCCGCAGCCACCGGCGGGACCAGAAGUGGCACGACAAACAGUACAAGAAAGCCCACCUGGGCACCGCUCUCAAGGCCAACCCUUUUGGGGGAGCGUCUCAUGCCAAGGGCAUUGUCCUGGAGAAAGUAGGGGUGGAGGCUAAGCAGCCCAACUCAGCCAUCAGGAAGUGUGUCAGAGUCCAGCUGAUCAAGAACGGCAAGAAAAUCACGGCCUUUGUCCCCAAUGAUGGCUGCUUGAACUUCAUCGAGGAAAACGACGAAGUCCUGGUGGCCGGCUUUGGGCGGAAGGGCCACGCCGUGGGCGACAUCCCCGGAGUCCGUUUCAAGGUGGUCAAGGUGGCCAACGUUUCCCUGCUGGCUCUGUAUAAGGGCAAGAAGGAGAGACCCAGAUCGUGAAAACCCACGCGGCGGGCAAUAAAGGUUUUUGGAGACA